GCGGCGACGCAAGAGCAGGAAGCCGCGUAUAUAUAGUGGUAUGACGGGCCUAGCUCCGCAGCUGAGCGGGCCGAUUGGUUAGUAGACUGGCCAGCUGAUCCAUCAGCUUGCUGCUAGGCAGUCGAUCACCAUGAGCAGCGCGGACGCCAGCAUCAUCGGCGGCCGACUCGCGCUUGUCCUCCUCGUCUUCUCGUCAUGGAUCCUCCCCGAGUCUGAUGCCCGGAGGACGUUGGCGGCGGCGGGAGCGCCGGGGCCGCCGAUCCGGGCGGUGAACCUCGGCGGGUGGCUCGUGACGGAGGGCUGGAUACUGCCGUCCCUUUUCGACGGCAUCCCCAACAACGAUCUCCUGGAUGGCACCCAGCUCCAGUUCAAGUCGGUCACCCAGAACAGGUACCUCGUCGCGGACAAGGGCGGAGGCGCCGCCAUCCUCGCCGACCGGGAGCAGGCAUCCGGCUGGGAGACAUUCAAGCUAUGGAGGAUUGACGAGACGAGGUUCAACUUGAGGGUGUUCGGCCAGCAGUUCUGGAGCGUAGACAGCAACAGCGCGGUCGUCGCGACGGCCACCACACCUGGGCCGUCGGAGGCAUUCCAGAUUGUGCGCCGGGACGGCGACAAGAGCCGGGUGCGCAUCAGGGCCCCAAAUGGGCUCUUCUUGCAGGCGAAGACCAUGCAAUCAGUGACGGCGGACCACGGUGAGGACACAGACUGGGGUGACGAUGACCCAUCAGUUUUUGUGACAAAUAAUAUCGCUCGCUUACAAGGGGAGUACCAGAUAUGCAAUGGCUACGGCAUAACAAAGGCGACACAGGUGCUCAGGGAUCACUGGAGCACAUACAUAGUUGAGAGCGACUUCAGUUUCAUCGCAUCAAGCGGGCUGAACGCGGUGCGAAUCCCAGUUGGAUGGUGGAUCGCCAGUGACCCCAACCCUCCUCUUCCGUUCGUUGGUGGCUCUCUCCAGGCCUUGGAUAACGCAUUCAGCUGGGCAGAGAAGUAUAACUUGGGUGUGAUUGUGGACUUGCACGCUGCACCGGGGUCACAAAACCCGUACGAGCACAGCGCAACUAGAGACGGCUCACAAGAGUGGGGCACCAGCGAUGCAAACAUUGCCCAAACCGUGCAAGUCAUCGAUUUCCUCGCAUCCAGGUACGCGAACAGCCCUAGCCUCCUUGCAGUCGAGCUGAUGAACGAGCCGUUGGCGCCGGGCGUCACCUUCUCUAGCCUGACGAAAUACUACCAGGACGGCUACAACGCCGUGCGACGGCACACGUCGACGGCCUACGUGGUCAUGUCAAACAGGCUAUCGAUACCAGACCCGACCGAGCUCCUCCAGUUCGCAGGCAAAUUCUCCGGCGCCGUCCUCGACGUGCACUACUACAACCUGUUCAGCAGCAUGUUCGACGGCCUCACCGUUCAGCAGAACAUCGACUUCGUGAGGAACAACCGCUCCUCUCUCCUCGCCACCGUCACGAGGCAGAAUGGGCUCCCUCUCACGUUUGUGGGGGAGUGGGUGGCUGAGUGGCAAGUGCAAGGUGCGUCCAAGGCGGACUACCAGAGCUUUGCGCAAGCACAGGAAGACGUUUACGGGCGAGCUACCUUUGGAUGGGCCUACUGGACGCUUAAGAACGUCAAUAACCACUGGAGCAUGGAGUGGAUGAUCAACAACGGAUUCAUCUCGCUGAAAAGCUAGAGAUCACUGCAUAGUGCACACAAUAAGUUUAAUUACUAAGCUGAAUAAACCAGUCUAGGUUGUCUGGAGACUGCCUUGGAGCAUAUGUAAUUGGGAGAGCAACUCAAAUAGAGUUGACCACUUGAUCAGACCUUCAUUGGGAUUCAGAAAUGAAUUCGUAAUCUGUACCACUGAUAAGUGAUAAAGUGUUAUUCCUUCUAAACAAACAAAGUGUUAUACA